AUGGUUCAACCAACUCGACCACCUGCCAAUGGCUUCGUCGCCGCUACUAGAAAGCUGUACAACCCGCUCGGCUUCUCCAAGGGUUACAACUUUGUCCUCUUCUUCAUCUUCUUCGGCGCCCUCAUGGGCUUCACCCUCGCCCGCUUGCAGUACCUCAGCUUCGACACGUUCUGCAAGGGCGCGGCUCCCGGGGAGUGCUUCAGCUAUCGCAAGGGCUACAAGAAAGCCGGGAUCAUCAUCCAUCUUUCCGGCAUCCUCCCCGCCGGCUUCCUGGCAUGCUUCCAGUUCGUGCCCGUCAUCCGUCACAAGGCCCUGCUGUUCCACCGCAUCAACGGCUACGUCAUCAUCUUGUUGGCGAUUGUCAGCACCGCCGGCGCGUUCAUGAUCGCGCGGAACGCCUUUGGUGGCGGUCUCGACGUCCAGGCCGGCGUUGGGCUCCUGGGCAUCAUGUUCGUCGGCUCUCUGACGCUGGCCUAUGUCAACAUCAAGAGGCUUCAGAUCGAGCAGCACCGAGCCUGGAUGCUGCGCGCCUGGUUUUACGCCGGCUCCAUCAUCACCUUACGCCUCAUCCAGUUCACUUGUGUCGUUAUCAUCAGCCGAAUCGGCACCUACUACGUCGCGCGUCCGUGUGAACAAGUUGCAGGCACGAUUGACGACACAAACCGAACAAUCGAGCUGUAUCCGGACUGCGCCGCAUACUUCUCCGGGGCAAACCCUGAUCAACACACGGUUGUUCACGCGGAUCUUCUCAACGCAACAUCCGCUGCCGAAGCUGGAGCGGCUGUUAGCAUGCCAUUCGGAAUGGCGCUCUGGCUAGCACUGGCGAUUCACGCCAUUGGUAUCGAGCUAUACUUGAGACUCACUCCAGCAGAAACUGAGAGGCUCCGCGAGGUAUCUUACAAGAGGCAGCUGGAAGCCGGCAUGAGCCCUGCGGGACGCGCCGGGUUGACGGCUGACCGCAUCGGGGAUUCGGAGGAGUGGCAGCCCAAGCAGAAGGAUUCUCGAGACGACUCCAUGACGCAAAUACCCACAACAAAGUGA